AUGUCAGCCAAAGAUUCCUCCCUUCCCACAGAAGCAAUGGACGCCGAAGCAGCACCCACACGGAAAAUCCGUGAUGCCAAACUCCCAUCCAGAAAACGUACCGCCCUAGGAAGAGCAUCCCCAAACACUACUCAACCAUCCAUCACUACCUCCAAAUCCGCACCCACAAAACCACCCAACUCAUCAACUCCAGCUUCCUCAGAAGUCACUUCAUCAUCAGAAGCAGAAGCCUCCCCAUCAGAAUCUUCUUCCGAAGACGAAUCUGAAGAUGAGAUUCCCCUCAUACGGCCCCUAAAUGCCCGUCCCGUCAUGCGUGUAUCCGAGCUGAAUGGUUUUGGCGGUUCAGAAGGCUUAAAUAAUCUUCCAGAUUUUUUGAAGCAGAUGAAAGAAGCGAAUGAGGAAUUAAUGAAGAAAAUGAGUGGGGGUGAAAAGCGAGGGCUAGAGGAUGUGAGGGAAGGAGAGAGUUAUGUGGAAAUGAAUUUGGGAUUGGGCGUUUUGGAAGAGAAGAGGGAUGGGGACAGUGAGCAUGAGAGUGAAAGUGAGGUAGAGGAGAAAGAUGCGGAUGGGGAUAGGAAGAUGGGGGAGGGAAAGAAGGUGGGAAUUGAAGAACUUUGA